UCGACUGAGGUGACUGCGGACAGUAUAAAGAUAUUGAGGCAACUCCUCCCUUCCAAUCUUCAACUGCAAGAGACCUUCCCACUGAAGCAAUAGCCAGUGGUUGGUUCAGAUCAGUCAAUCUAUGGGCGUGGAGUCUCCUCAUAAGCCAAGGCUUCUCUCCACAAACCUCUUCUUCCACUUCCUCUUGCUGUUCACAAACCUCCUCACUCUCUUCCUCUCCUCGGCCUUUUUCAACUCCUCCUGCUCUCUCAUCCCUUCCCUCUUUCCUACGAGAGCUAACACUGCCACCGCUUCUGCUCGUUCCCCAGUCCCCGAGACGACCUCGACUGCUGCUGCAAAUACAGAUGACCUCCCGCCCGAGUUUCUUGCUUUCACUUCAGGGAACUUGCUUCCCUUCGGCGUCAACCCAAACUUUGAUUCAGACACAAUGUUUGCUCCAGUAGGCCAGCCUUGUACCCAGUUCCCAGAGCUGCUCCGCCGGUACAUGUCCUACAGAGUGAAUGGCUCCUGCCCCGAUGAUGAGCUCCUCGCCCAGAAGCUUCUCCUCAAAGGCUGCGAGCCACUCCCCAGGCACAGAUGCCGUCCGGCUGCCCCCGCUGACUCUGUAGAGCCCCACCCUCUUCCAAAAAGCCUGUGGACGACACCAUUGGACUCGUCAGUUGUCUGGACUGCCUACACGUGCAAGAACUAUGAUUGCCUCAUCAAUCGUAAGCAUAGGCAGAAGGGCUUCGAUGACUGCAAGGACUGCUUUGAUCUUGAGGGAGCCGAGAAGACUUGGUGGUCAGCUACACGGAGCAAUGGGGGGAUUGAUUUCACCAUUGACGAAGUCUUGUUGACUAAGAAACCUGGGACAAUACGAAUCGGGCUGGACAUCGGGGGUGGCGUGGCCACCUUUGCAGUGAGAAUGAGGCAGAGGAACAUAACCAUCAUAACCACAUCCAUGAACUUGAAUGGCCCCUUCAGUAGCUUCAUAGCAUCAAGAGGAGUUGUCCCCUCAUACAUCAGCAUAUCCCAGAGGCUUCCUUUCUUUGACAACACCCUCGACAUCGUCCACUCAAUGCACGUCCUAAGCAACUGGAUCCCAACAACUCUGUUGCAUUUCUUGAUGCUCGAUAUCUAUAGAGUCCUCAGACCAGGAGGUUUGUUUUGGCUCGACCAUUUCUUCUGCGUGCAAGAGCAGUAUGACCAGGUUUAUGCCCCGCUCAUCGAAAGCAUUGGGUUCAACAAGUUAAAGUGGGUCGUGGGGAGGAAACUCGACCGCAGCCUGGAGCUCCAGGAGAUGUACUUCUCGGCAUUGCUAGAGAAGCCUCUAAAGAACUCUUGGCGAUAGGUGUCAAACAAAACUUUCUUCUUCUUUUUACGUGAAAAUAUUUUUGUUCCUAAAAUGUGUUUCAUCUGUAUUCCUGGUGCCAUGCCUUAUAGUAAUGUGAAUCAAUGUGCUUUG